AUGGCGCUUACCAACCAACAACUCCUCGACCUGCACACCAAAGCCGGUCACCUCCUCAAACACAAGCUAUCCAAGCUCAAGAUCCCCGGCCGCGUGUUCCCCUCAGGCCGUCUCCCCACCCUCCGCGACAGCUACGAGAACCCGGAAAGUCUACAUGUCCCUACCAUCCCUCCAAACCUGCAGCUCGACUUCGUGUUUGCCAACUACAACGACUUCGCCGCCGCCAACUUCCUCGCGCGAAAGAACGACCAAGACAUCAAAGUCUGCAUGGCAACAUGGCACUGGCAGAUCAGCGAGACACAGUCGUUCUCAAGUUGGCACAAGGAGAUUCGUUUCAACGUCCUCCUAGCCCAUGUAGUCCUCAACACGCCUAAUGCGCGCAAGUUUCUCGCGGAGAAACUCGUUGUAUUCCUCGAACAGUUCGUCGGCGCAUGGCUGGAAACGGCGAUGCACAUCGAGUACGAUGGGAAGGAGAGACGCGACUACUGGAUCGCUCGACUUUGGCGCACAAGCCAGUAUGAUCUGGUACAUUGGGGCAAGCAGGCUAGGGGCCGAAUGGGUGAGGCGGUGAAAGGGCUCGAAGAAUGCGUUCCACCGCAGAAAUACGCCACGGACGACUUUUGGAGCGUAGCCCGGCAGAUGCCAGCGGAUGAGUACCAGAAACAUGGAUCUGCUUGGGCUAUGCAGUUCAUCAUCUACAAGGAGAAGAAAGAGAAGGUUGUGGCGAAAGAGCUUCAGACCGAGCACACGCAAGACCAAUUCUCAAAGGGAAAUUUCAUGGGCUUUAGUAGUCUUUCCGUGGACGAUUCGGUACCAGAGUACCUCUCGGAAGACCUGUUUAAUCAGCUAUUGGUGAAAGCCCUUUUAGUAGAUGUGCGCAAGCUCUUGUAUUAA